GUGGAUCCUGCUGAACAACUUUUCAAACACGUUAAAGGACUGAGUGGUUUUAUGUACAGCGUUGCAAGUAGUGCCACCAAAAAGUUGUCAGAUUCAGUGUCAGAGACUGCUGAGACCUUAAAGAAGAGUGUGAAAGAAGGAAGUGUUGAUGUCAUCAUUGAAAAGACCAUCUUAGGAGAUUUCCAGAAGGAACAAGAAAAGUUUGUGCAAGAAAAGAAAGCAAAAAAGACAGAUGUUGCUGUUCCACCUUGGGUUGGCUACAGUGGGGAGGAGACAAUACAACAACAAAUUCUGUCUUUGUCUGCAGAUCGAAGGAACUUCCUGCGAGAUCCACCCGCAGGGGUGCAGUUCCACUUUGAUUUUGAACAGAUGUACCCGGUCGCCUUGGUGAUGCUACAGGAGGAUGAACUUCUGAACAAAAUGCGCUUUGAUUUGGUCCCCAAACACGUAAAGGAAGACGUGUUCUGGAGGAAUUACUUCUACCGAGUCUCGCUGAUCAAGCAGUCUGCCCAGCUCACUGCUUUAACAGCACAAGAAACAGCAGAAUCCACAGAGAAGGGAAAAGAAGAGGCCAGUGGCGAUGAUCUCACGGGUAACAUCCGACCAAAAACUCCUCCAGUUGCCAUAAGUGUAAUCCCAAAGCACAAUGAGGAAGAGGAAGAGAUGUCCACUAGCCCUGGAGUACCAGAGUUUGUGAGUGAUGCCUUUGAUUCCAGCACCAUUGAUCAGGAAGAUCUGCGGAAGGAAAUUGAGCAGCUAGUGCUGAACAAAGAGAAGUUGCCCAUCAAACAAGAGAUUGCUGACUUGGAGAGGGAAUUGCAGGCAGAACUACAGGAGUAUGAUAUUAUAACUUCAGUUGACAAAAAAGAUGAAAACUGGGAUGCGGAACUAGACAAGAUGCUUGAGGCAGACACAUAG